ACAGGUAAGACUCGGUUUGCUUUUGUUAUGUGAACCAGGUAAUUCAUAUCGUUAAAAUUCCGGCCACCACGUCUUCCCCGCAACCACCAAUUUAACCGUUAAAGAAUGACCGUCCGAUCAAUCUUCAACGCCCAAGAUCUCAGGACAGAGUUUGAAUCAGCAGACAUCAGUCAUCACUUCAUCCCAUUAAUUUGGAAGUUUGUGAUUAAGAACCCUAAUUGUGAUUGGGAUGAAAUACCCAAUUUGCCCUCAGCUGCAUACUCAAUUCUCCACUCAAAGUUCAGAACUUUUACUUCCACUGUGCACUCUGUUAUUGAAUCCAAUGAUGGGGUCACCACCAAACUGCUUAUCAAGCUUCAGAAUGGUGCCUUUGUCGAAGCUGUUAUCAUGAGGUAUGACACUCGUUUGGGGAAAUAUGGCGGCGAGCCUCGUCCUGGGGGUGUAAGGUCAACUUUGUGCGUAUCUUCCCAGGUUGGUUGUAAAAUGGGUUGCAAGUUUUGUGCAACAGGAAGCAUGGGAUUUAAAAACAAUCUAUCAUCAGGAGAAAUUGUUGAGCAAUUAGUCCAUGCCUCCCAAUUAUCCAACAUACGGAAUGUUGUUUUCAUGGGAAUGGGAGAACCAUUGAAUAACUAUAAUGCCUUAGUGGAAGCAAUUCGUGUUAUGCUGGGGUCUCCAUUUCAACUGUCACCAAAAAGAGUUACAGUGUCAACGGUUGGAGUCAUUCAUGCUAUUAACAAGCUUCAGAAAGAUCUUCCGGGUCUGAACUUGGCAGUAUCAUUGCAUGCACCGGUUCAAGAUAUUCGCUGCCAUAUAAUGCCAGCUGCUAGGGCUUUUCCUUUAGAAAAACUUAUGGCUGCUCUGCACGUAUAUCAGCAAAAUAGUCAACAGAAAAUAUUUAUCGAGUACAUUAUGCUUGAUGGAGUAAAUGAUGAAGAACAACAUGCCCACCAGCUCAGCGAAUUGCUAGAGACUUUUCAAGUGGUCGUAAAUUUGAUACCUUUCAACCCAAUCGGUAGUUUGAGUCAAUUUCAAACUAGUAGCGAUGAGAAAGUAUUAAAAUUUCAGAAAAUUCUUAGGGAAGUUUACAACAUUCGGACAACUGUUCGGAGGCAAAUGGGCCAGGACAUAAGCGGUGCCUGCGGUCAGCUGGUGGUUAGUUUACCUGAUAAGAAAUCCGCUGGAAAUGUUGGUGCAUUAACAGACAUUGAAGAUCUUCAUCUUUAUUGAUGUGAUAAGUUAGUUUGUUCAAUGUAGAAUAUUGUGAGUAUUUUGUUUAAUAUUCUUGUUAUACCUCCAGAAAGAGAUGUAGCUGCAAAUUUUUGGCUCAAGUAUCAAUUUUGCCCUUGAUUUGUA